GGGCGCAUUCACUCUCCACCGCCGCUCGGCCACCGUCCUCCGUCGCGCUCCGCCUCAACAAGACUACUACUACUACUACAUAUAUCAUGGGAACCCAUCUAACUCCAUGGCUGCUCCGCUCCUCCUGUAGGGCCUCGCCGAUCAUCCGCUUCUCCGCCACUCUCUCCACGCCCAUCAGAAGAUAUAGCAAGAAGCAAAGCGGCGCUGGCGGGCAUAGAGUGGACAUAGAGAAGGCGCGGACGACGGCGGAAGAGUUCGAGAAGGUGGCGGAAGAGAAGGCGAGGCAAGGGUUCGCAAGCCACACGAGUGAGAAGGCUGGAGACGCAGCCGAAGAGGCGGUCGCCGGCGAAGCCACCGUCGACCGUGUCAAGGAAAGAUAUAUGGAGCCGCCGGGAAAGGGCAACUUCGACAAGCCCAAGGAUGACUGA